GUUGAAAUCUAUGCCUAUGGCUGCGACCGCAAAUAGUGUUUGAAAUUUAGUAAUAGUAGAGCAUAUUACAAACCAAGAUAAAAUUCUUUUAGCGACAACGAUAAGAACUCUAUAUCGCAGAAGCUAAGCAACGAUAUGACUACCCCAGUCAUAAACGAUCUUGACUGUAGCAACCUGUCAAGGGGCGUAUGGCUUGUAAAGGUUCCGAAAUACUUGUCAAACUCUUGGAGUAAAGCCACGGGUAACAUGGACGUUGGGAAGUUACGAAUAACGAAGCAUCCAGGAGGUAAAAAACCAGAGAUUGUUUUCACACUAAAGGAUGAGCUAAACUCGACCAAACCGAAUGAAGCCUGCCCUAAGGAACACAAGUUUGUUGUGUCACCCAUAGGUCAUCAGAGUUUGACAGUAGUCAGUCAUGCACCCAUGGAUUCUGCUGCUUCGAAGACGUCUCAUGGGGAAGCAAUUACAGAAAAAAUGCAAGUUGAAGGCAAGGUGAAGCAGAGAGCUGAAUGCCGCCCACAUGCGGAUGCAAACUACAUGAAGCUGAAGAGGAUACAGUUUGUGGAGGCAUCUAAGCCAACCAGGGUCGUUCAACAGCUGCAAGGAGUAGUGCAGACAUAUAAGCCAGUGUCAAACCAUGAGAAUAAUAUUAAGUGGGAUAAAGAAAAGAAGGAGCAAGGCAAGAAAUCUCGGGCAGACAAGGAUCAAGUCAUGGAUAUGUUAUUUAGUGCCUUUGAGAAACAUCAAUACUACAAUAUUAAGGAUCUUGUUCGAACCACCAACCAGCCAGUUACAUACUUGAAAGAAAUUUUAAAAGAGAUCUGCGUUUAUAACAUCAAGGCUCCACACAGAAACAUGUGGGAAUUGAAACCUGAAUAUCGUCACUACAAAGAGGAUAAAGAAAAGGAUUCCUGAUUUGAUUGUAUAUAUUUGUAUAUCUGUACGUGUGUGUUGCGUAUGUUUAUGUGCAUGUGUGUGUUGUAGGUGUGUGCAUUCUUGUAGAAAGAAUCAGGCUUCAGGCAUAUUAUUAAUCUUUCUCAGUAUGUUAAUCUGCAACUCUCAUGCACACUCUCAUAUGGUAGAAGAUUGAUAGAGGGAUGUAACUACAUUGCUAUAUGUGCAAUCAUUUAUGAACAAAUUGGUUGAGUGGAUCAUAUGGUCAAUUACAAUGCAGACUGUUACCAAGAAAGUGGUAGCUUGCCUAAUGUUUCUUUCAGAGUCCAUAUAAUUACUUAUAUAAGGAACAAUGUAAAAAUUUACUCAUUGCAUUUGAAGUUAAAACUAUCAUAUUUGUUUUGUUUCUGUGAACAUUGGAUUUAUGGAGAUAGACGAAUUAUCAUGUACAGCUAGUCUGCAGUGGGUCAGAAUUUGAACUGGAUGAAUUUUUUGGAUUUCAAUUUGAAAUUUUUGCAAGUUGCCUCACAAGUGAUCGAUCAAUAUCAAAACAGGUUGAGAAACUGUAUGCUUUGGCAGUAUUUGGGUAAGCAAAUAUAAUGAGCUGAUUAAAUGCGUGAGUCAUAUAAUCAUCUUUAAAACAAAUAUUCCUCCGGUGUGUGUGUGUGCACUGUGUGUUUGUAAUGCAGCACACUUUGGAUGGCAAUAACGUCGAUUAGGAAUUGAAAUAUUAAAGGUUCUAACAAUUUGCUUCACCUGAUAAACAUAGUGGAGCCUCAUAUUAUGAGUACUAUUAUCAAAUUUAAGAUACCUUUCCAUUGCAGAAUGAUUAAUUUUCUCAUGUAGCCAUAAAAGUUGAACUCUAGAUGUAGCCUUGAAGAAACAAAUGUGAAAGUCCCUACUUUCACCGUAUUUUUCUCGAGUUGGCUGUGAAGCUCCAGAUAAUGAAAAUUAUUGGAAAGUGAAAUUCCGUAGUGUUUGUUACGGUGUAAUCACUGUAGUCACGUGCUCUCAAUAACGUGUAAAAUAGACCUUCUUAUGAGACUGAGAGAGAGCAAUUGAGAUUGAUAAAGACCCUAUUUAUAACGCACGUUUAAACAUCUUACUCGUGUUUUGUGUGUACGCACGUAAGAGCAAAGACAACAAGAUCGUUUUCUGUAUAAUUUAUUCCAAAAUUCUGAGUAUUAAAUCGUAUUUGGUUUAUACA